AUGAGCGACUUCUGUAAACCGGCUGAUCAGUGGAGCUCGAAAUACGUCGAUUUGAGUGCUACUGGAAAGGAAGGACUAAUGGAUCGACGAGCAAGCAGCAUCACAGGAACAGAAGGAAUGCUGGAAGCAAAGGUGCUUCCUCAGCGGCCAGGAUUUCGACACCACCGAAAAGAGAACUAUGUGUGCCGAGAGCCCCUGUCCCGGCAGUCUACAGAGUUUAGUGAGGUCCCGGAGGGGACUCAGACCCAGUCCCAGCAGCCACCCAGGGUGAAACUGAAUGGCUCCCCUGUGGAGACACCCAGCCACCACGACCUGCACCGCGAACUACUGCUCAGCACCAAACGAGGCCUGUUACCGGGAGAGAAGCCUGAGCUGAAGCGAGUCCUGGAACAGAGGAGGCUGGAGCAGCAUAAAGAGCAGGAACUGGCUCUACGGCCUCCUUUAGAACUGGAGACUGAACUACGCAAGAGACAGCAGAUACUGCUGGAGUAUGAGCAGGAGGAGAUCAGGCGUCGAGAGGAGCAGGAGAAAGGUGUCCCUGAGUUUGUUCGCGUGAAGGACAACCUGAGGCGCACACAGGUGUCUGGGCAAUGAAGGCCACAUGAUGCUCUGUCCCUUCCCAUCAUCCCCCGCAGCCUCCCACCACAAAGGCUCUGGCUGGGGCCCGUUUCUACACCCAAGAGUCAAAAGACUGCACUUCUACGCCUCCCUCACCACAAUGGUUCUGCCAUUACAAUGCGACCACCCUCCUGUUUCACCCUCCACCAACCUCCACUGUGCCCCAUAACCUACAGCUAUAUGAUGAGGGUCAACUUCACUGCAGCAAGUUACUGAAAAGACUGGGACUGAUAUGCAUCUCUUGCUGGACUGUUUAUACUUUGAAAAAAGCUAAUAAAGAAUCAAAUAAGAAAAUGUGUGAAAUAUAAAGCAAUGUAGGAAAUGGUCAAUAGGUUUCAAUGUAGGAACUGGUUUCAUGUAGAGAAUGUGAGUGAAAGCGCAUAGGUCUACUGUAAAUGAUGUGUAUGUUCAGGACAAAUAUUUUCUUCUUUAUGAAUAGAGUCAUUAUUUUUCUAAGUAUUUUGUAUUAUUUUACUAGAAACACUUUUUGUUUUGAAGUCUGCAUUCAAGUCAGUCACUUGGUUUACAGCAGCAUAGUGUCAACGUGUAAGUGUGUUCAUUUUUGGGUUUGUUUAUUUCUUUCAAAGUCCAUAAAUUAAGUAUAGGUUACUCCACUAUUGGACACAUGACAGUGACUGGAACUCUCGAUUUUUGUCGUUAAAGCAUUAGUUGUCACUCAUAGCUAAACCACCAAUGACAGAUGGUAUUAGUCCUAUUCGUUUGAAUUAAUCGUUUGCCUGUUCUUGUUGCUCUUUUUCUUUUUAAGCAAUGUGUUUAUCAAGAAGACAAUAAAGAUUUCCAGGA